AUGCCGCUGUCCUGUCGUUUUUACGAGAAUAAGUUUCCAGCCGAGGACGAUGUUGUUGUCGCUAGUGUGAAAUCCAUAUAUCCUAUGGGUAGUUAUGUUGAACUCCCAGAAUACAAUAACGUUGAUGGAAUGAUACUUCAUAGCGAAUUAUCAAGACGCCGCAUACGAUCCAUCAACAAAUUGAUUCAAGUUGGAAGGAACGAGAUUGCACUCGUUAUCCGUGUUGAUCCUGAAAAGGGUUAUAUUGAUCUUUCGAAACGGAGGGUACCUGCUGAGGAAAUUCCUAAGUGCCAAGAGCGAUAUGCGAAAGCUAAAGCAGUCAAUCAGAUCGUCCGGCACGUCGCCGAAAAGCUUGAUUAUACAAACGAACAGCUCGAAGACUUAUGUGCUAAGACUGUUUGGUAUUUUGAUAAGAAAUACAACAAGACUGGAGGAUCAUAUGAUGCGUUUAAACGGGCAGUUCAGUAA